CUGGAAAGUCUAGCAACCAGCAUUUCAUUGUUUGUUUGAGAAAAUGGCAGAUUCGCUAGCAAAGUAUGGUCUUUAUAUUGAUGAUUUGAGUAAAAUACGAGUCUUAGAUCCCGAAGUUGUUAAUCAAGCGGUAAAAUUAAAAGAUGAAAGUCAAAAUUUUGUCAUCAAAAUCACGGAAUUCAAGAAGAGUACUGAUGAGUUUAUUAACAUUUUGGACAAUGUAGGGCAACAAGUGGACAAGGAAAAGAUGAAAGUGAUUGGUGCACGUAAUUUACUUCGUUCUGUUGCCAAAGAACGAGAAGAACGAAAGCAACAAAUGCAGGCUUUAAUUAUGGAAAAGUCCAUAGAACUGGAAAGACUUCGAGUUCAAUAUGAUUCUUUAAAAAAAAUUGAAAUAGAGCAAUUAGAAAUUAUUGAACAUCUUGCAGUAAAUUAGAAAUUUAUAUUUUUUUUUGUGAGACCGUUGACAAUUCUGUCCAUAUUAAUAUUUGUUAAAUUAAAAAAUUAUUAAUAAUUAUUGUAUAAAUAAAUUAAUAAAUAAAAAAUAAUUUUUCCAGAAA